AUGUCGAACAAGUGGAAAUUCAAUACCUUUGACUGUAUGCAACACCCUGUUAUGUGCUUAUGGGCCUGGUGUGUCCCAUGUGGUGGUUGCUGCAUGCAAGCUGUGGACGCUCGAGAAUGCGACAAAGACAAUAAGAACGCAUGCUUGAUUGCGUGCCUUAUGAGCUGCUGCCUUGGAGUUUAUGGCGCUACUUUCAACAGGUAUCAAGUAAGGAACAAGCUACAACUCGAAGGAACUGUCCCUAUGGACUUCUUGUGCCAUUGCUGCUGUGGAUGCUGUUCAGUAGUCCAGGAAUGGCAACAAGUUAUGGACACCAAGCAUGGGAAGGCAAAAAUAAACAUCUGGGAAGUCGGAAAAUAA